GCGAGAAAAAAAUUCACAAAUCCACUCCUUAUUUUCAACUAGGGUUUCGACGUCUGAGAUUUGCAGAGAUUUUCCAAUUUCCAUUUCCCCUGAGAAACUCAUCAGCUUCUAAACCUAACUGCUCUUUCCUCAGUUUCCUAUUUUCGUUUAGAGGUAUGGAUACAUCAAAUCCUGCUGUCUUCGUCAAUGCUGAGCUCCUCCGCUUGCAUAUGGGAAGGAGGGUUCGAGCUGUGAUUCAGGUUAUGCGCUCUGAUGGUGGUGGCACAGUGAACGGGAGAUCUACAGAUGACCAGCAAAUAGUUGUGAAAGGCAAUCCACCUGGUCCUCUUACAACAUUUGUUGAGGUCAUAGGUAUCGCCGACAGUAACCAAUCUAUCCGUGCUGAAAUAUGGUCCAACUUUGGGGACACGCUAGAUACAUAUAGCUAUAACCGUGUUUGCAUGCUGGCAAAUGGCGAUUACAAACACUUGUUCAUAUGAGAACUCAAAAGCAACAUAAUUUAGUGGAUCCUAAUAAGUGAUCCAACUCUUUCACUACCUCCAUCCUUUAUAUACAUGAUGCAUGUGAAUACUUGUUUGGAAGUUUGUUUAGUUUGAGAUGAUUGUUAUGUUAUGCCCGUUAUGGUAUAUGUUUCACAGAGUGAACCUGCUGAAAUCCAGAAUUUCUAUUACUUGCUUUA